AAUGUUUGUCAAAUAAAAACGAAAAUGCUAUAGCACCAAAAUCCAAAGAAAUUUCAGAACUAAACAAGGUGGCUGCAGCAUGCACAUGCCAGAAGACCAAUCAUCACUGACCCCGUUGUUUUGUUCCUCGCACUGCCCGCGCCCGCUGGAGAGUGCAGAGGCAACAGGCAUGGCACCACGCACGCUGAGCCUGCUGCUCCUGCUGACGCUCGUGGUGGCCGCCGUUGUAGGAGCCGGAGCCGACGACGAGGCCGCGCUGAUGGCCUUUAAGUCCGCGGCGAUCGCUGGCGGCGGCGGCAGCAAUGGCGACGCGCUUGCGUCGUGGAACAGUAGCAGCGCCGGCGGAUUCUGCAGCUGGGAGGGGGUGACGUGCGGGACCAGGCACCGCCGAGUGGUGGCGCUGAGCUUGCCCCUGCACGGGCUGAGUGGAGCACUCUCGCCUGCCGUUGGGAACCUGUCGUUCCUCACGACGCUCAACCUCAGCUCCAACGCAUUCAGCGGUGGCAUCCCCGACAGCCUCGGCCGCCUCCGCCGCCUCCAAGAACUCGACCUGAGCUACAACGCCUUCUCAGGCAAGGUCCCCGCCAACCUGAGCUCCUGUACCAGCCUGGUGCUCAUGCGCCUCCGCUUCAACCAGCUCACCGGGAGCGUGCCCCGCGAGUUCGGUGAGAAAUUGGUGAAUCUCAUGGUGCUCAGUGUAUGGAACAACAGCCUCACCGGCACCAUCCCGGCGUCACUGGCCAACCUGUCGUCGCUUAGCAUCCUGUCUCUUGCGUUCAACCAGCUCCACGGCACCAUCCCGCCUGGCCUCGGCGGCAUCCAGGCCCUCCGGCACCUCGACCUCAACAACAACCACCUCUCUGGCGAACCCCCACACUCCUUGUACAACCUGUCUUCACUCGAAAGGUUUCAGAUCAAUGAUAACAUGCUCCAUGGCAGAAUUCCUGAUGUCAUAGGCAGCAAGUUUCACAGCAUGCUGGAGCUUGAGUUUUAUGCUAACCACUUCACCGGGUCCAUCCCUGUUUCACUCUUCAACCUCACUACACUGCAGAUGCUUGACCUCUCAGAAAAUUGGCUCCGUGGAUAUGUGCCUAGUGCAAUUGGAAGAUUGGUAGCUCUACAAAGCCUAUCGUUGUACAGAAACCUGCUACAGGCAGAUGGCAAGGAGGGCUGGGAAUUCAUCACAUCCCUCUCAAACUGCACCCAGCUCACGCAAUUUGAAAUCGGCCUCAACGCCGGUUUAACUGGGCAGCUGCCAAGUUCAAUAGCGAAUCUAUCUAGCCUACAAAUGCUCCGCUUUGAUGGAUCUGGGAUCUCAGGAAGCAUACCAUCAGCCAUCAGCAGUCUGCUCAACCUACAAGUCCUUGGUAUGUCAAGUACUUUCAUAUCAGGGGUUAUUCCAGAGAGCAUUAGCAGGCUGGGAAACUUGAGUGUGAUAGAUUUGUUCAACACUGACUUGUCAGGCAUCAUUCCUUUAUCUAUUGGAAAUCUCACAAGGUUAAUUGUCUUUGAUGCACAUCAUUGCAACUUUGGGGGGCCAAUUCCAGCAAGCAUAGGGAACAUAGAGAAUCUAUGGACGCUUGAUUUAUCAAAGAACUUCCUCAAUGGUUCAAUUUCCAAUGAGAUUUUCAAACUGCCAUCCCUUGUUUAUUUAAACUUAUCAUACAAUUCAUUAUCGGGACAUCUUCCUUCUGAAAUGAGUAGUUUGGGGAACCUUAACCAACUAGUUCUGUCUGGGAACCAAUUGUCUGGCGAGAUACCUGAGAGUAUUGGGGAAUGCACUGUGCUGCAAUAUCUUGGAUUGGAUAAUAACUCAUUCGAUGGGAGCAUACCUCAAACUCUGAGUAACUUAAAAGGUCUAACUGCACUCAGUCUGUCCAUGAAUAAAUUAACUGGUGCUAUCCCAAGUAACAUUGGAACUAUCCAAGAUCUUCAAGUGUUGUAUCUGGCACACAACAACUUGUCAGGGCCAAUCCCUUCACUCCUACAGAAUUUGACAGCAUUAUCAGAAUUAGAUCUUUCCUUCAACAAUCUGCAAGGAGAAGUGCCAAAGGAGGGUAUCUUCCGAUAUUCGACUAACUUUUCAAUCAUUGGGAACAGUGAGCUUUGUGGUGGAUUACCUCAACUUCAUUUAGCUCCAUGCCAGACAAGUCCCAUGAAAAAGAACAGAAAAGGGCAGUUGAAGCAUCUUAAAAUAGCUCUAGCAACAACUGGUGCACUAUUGAUCUUAGCUUUCUUUAUUGGACUCCUUCAGUUUAUUAAGAACAAACUUAAACGAAAUCGUAACCAACCCUUACCACCAAUAGUUGAGGAACAGUAUGGAAGAGUUUCUUACCAUGCAUUAGCAAAUGGGACGAAUGGAUUUUCAGAAGCCAAUUUGCUUGGUAAAGGAAGCUUUGGGGCGGUCUACAAAUGCACUUUGCAGCCUGAGGAAACUGUUACCGCAGUGAAAGUUUUUAACCUUCAACAAUCUGGAUCCGCUAAAAGUUUUGUGGCUGAAUGUGAAGCAUUGAGAAUGGUGCGUCACCGUUGUCUCAUUAAAAUCAUCACGUGCUGCUCAAGCAUGAAUCACCAAGGUCAAGAGUUUAAGGCAUUAGUUUUUGAGUUCAUGCCAAAUGGUAGCUUAGAAGGUUGGCUUCAUCCAAAUUCUGAUAUUCUUACUAUGACAAAUACUCUAAGCCUAGUACAAAGGCUAGACAUUGCUGUAGAUAUCAUGGAUGCUUUGAACUAUCUUCAUAAUCAAUGUCAGCCACCAAUUGCUCAUUGCGAUCUCAAGCCAAGCAACAUCCUUCUUGCAGAAGACAUGAGUGCUCGAGUUGGAGACUUCGGCAUAUCACGAAUUCUUCCAGAAAAUGCAAGUAAAAUCCUGCAAAAUUCAAAUAGCACGAUUGGAAUAAGAGGCUCAGUUGGUUAUGUUGCUCCAGAGUAUGCUGAAGGCUCUACUGUCUCAACUAUUGGUGAUGUGUAUAGUCUCGGUAUAUUAUUGCUUGAGAUGUUUACUGGAAGGAGCCCCACAGAUGACAUGUUCGGAGACACAGUAGAUUUGCAUAAUUAUGCCGAGCAUGCGCUCAGCGAAAGAAUCUUAGAUAUUGUUGAUUCAACAAUCUGGCUGCAUGUAGAGUCAACGGAUAGUAUUAUAAGGAGCAGAAUUAAGGAUUGCUUGGUUUCUGUCUUCAGGCUUGCCAUAUCCUGCUCACAGCUUCGUCCAGGGAAUCGAACAGUGAUGAGCGAUGCAGCAGCAGAGAUGCACGCCAUCAGAGAUACAUACCACAUUUUUUGCUGCUAGCUUGGCAUCAAACAAUGGAUUUACAGUCAUUUGCAGGCGCAGGGGUCAAGGAUGGAGGUAGACAGGAUAUGCUAUAGAUGUACCUGAAAUAAAUAAAGCCAUAAUAUGCUCAGAUUCGUUGUUCUUUCCGUAAGAUUGACAACGAAAAGUUAUGUUGAUUUUACCUUAUUAAUAACAUAUUCCAUGUU